CAGUGUGACAGACAACCUCAGUCUGGCCGCGCCGCGCUUGGGGUAUGGAUAUAUUAGUAGUCAUGUAAAACCCUCCCUUACUCCAAUCGAAUUAUCGGGUUUGUGGUAAUUGUCCAAGACGGCAGCAAAAUCUAUGUUAAGGUAGUGCGGUAUAACUGUAGGCUAAGUCAAGCAUACGAGGUGCGUGGUGAUCCAAGGCAAUUAGCAUGUUGUGAUUGUGAUGGUGGCGAGACAAGCAGCAGCAGCAGCAGCAGGAGGAGGGCCCAGGGCAGCAGCAGCAGCAGCAUUGGUGGUGGUGGUGGCGUUUGUGAGGUCGGGAGUGGCGAGGAGGCCAUGACCACACCAUGGCUCGCCCCUGCAUCACCAUCCUCGCAGGUUGUCUUGUCCUCCUCACCGGCGCGCUGGCGGAGGUGGAGGUUGAUGCCGAGGCUCAGAGCGAGGGGGCGCCCUUGUGCUCCUACAGCAAGGAGGACGUGAGGGUGGGUGGCACAGAGGACUCUUCCGUUAACCUGGUGUCGCCUGGCGUGGAGCAAUGCAAGCCCGGGAACGGCUGCUUUGCUUUCUUCACCUACAAGCCAAAUAAGACCAUCGAGAUCCGUGUCAAAGGGUGUUGGGGGAUGCUGAAGGACUGUCAAUCAGAAACAUGCGUGGGAGAGCCGAGGCCCGGUGACAGCUACUUCUGCUGCUGCAUGGGAAACAUGUGCAAUUUAGGGCUGGAGGUGCCGCCUGAGAGAGACUAUCCAACCCUCCCUCCAGGCACAGAGGAUGAGAGUGAAGAGGCAGUGGAUAAGUCUUACCUAUGGCUGUGGGCAUUACUUAUAGUGGCCUUUGUGUUAUUGGGAACAUGUAUUGUGGUGGGGACUCGGCAUUGGAGAAAAUCCAGCCCCCCUCCUCUGGUCCUGCCACCUGAGGAGCACCCAGCAUCGCCCUGUAUUGAUCUGGAUUCUGUCAAGAUUCUGGAGACUAUAGGUCAAGGUCGGUUUGGCACAGCAUACCGAGCCAUAGUAGACGAGGAGGAGGUGGCUGUGAAAAUGUUCCCACAGCACCAUAAGUCUUCAUAUAUUAAUGAGAAAUAUAUAUAUUCCCUUCCUCUCAUGGAACAUUCCAAUCUUCUGUCUUACCUUGGAAGUGGUGAGCGUGUAGGACAAGAUGGCAAUAUUUAUUAUGGGCUGGUGCUCUCUUACUGCCCUAAAGGUCGCCUCAGCACCUAUCUCUCUGAAAACACCCUCACCUGGUCCACCUUCUGCAAUGUUGCGUUGAGUGCCACACGGGGCCUUGCACACCUCCACUCAGAAAUCAGAAAGGGAGACAUCAUCAAGCCGUGCAUCUGCCACAGAGAUUUCAACACUCGUAAUCUGCUGCUCACGGAGAACAUGUCCUGUGUUGUGUCAGACUUGGGCUUUGCUAUCCACACUCAAGGCUCCAAGUAUUACAUCAAUGGAGAGGAACAGCAUGCCGAGACAUCAUCACUUACAGAUGUUGGAACAUUAAGAUACAUGGCUCCUGAAGUGCUUGAAGGAGCAGUGAACCUGAGAGACUGUGAGGCAGCCUUGAAGCAGAUAGACAUCUACGCACUGGGCUUGGUAUUGUGGGAGUGUGCUGCCCGAUGUCAUGACCUCUACCAAGGCCUUCAGACUCCACCCUACAUGCUCCCCUUCCAGGCAGAAAUUGGUCUCCACCCCACCUUUGAGCAAGUUCAGGUCCUGGUGGUGCGAAACAAAGCCCGACCCUUGUUCCCUUCGGUGUGGAAAGACACCAACCCGGCAAUACGCUUACUGAAGGAAACUAUAGAUGACUGCUGGGACUACGAUGCUGAGGCAAGGCUCUCCGCCAUGUGUGUGGAAGGCCGACUGUCGGAGCUGCCUGCACUCUGGGAUAGAUAUAAAUCAAGCCUGGGCAUCAGUGGCGUGAGUCCCACCAUGAACCCUUUGAUGAAUCUCCCAAUGAGUCAGCGAUCUGGGGAGAUGAUCAAUGGUGGCAAGAUCAUCAGUAAUGCCAUCACCCCACGGGAGAAGGAGUCCAGUGUGUCUGAGGCCACUGUGGAGACCACCAUCACUGGCUCCCCGUCAGAGCCUCCCGUGGAUGUCUUCUUGGCCAAGAACCAACUGAUUGGUACGCUGCAGCCCCCCAUCCCCUCCAUUCAGCCGCACCAGGGGCGCAAUCCCUGCAUGGAGCGCAACUUGAUCCGAGAAAUCCCACAAGAAAUCAGUGUCUCAGGCAAUAUUCUUAUAGAUCCCUUGAAGUCCAAUGAUAUCAAUUCUAUAAAUACUAUAAAUGCUGCCAAUCUGAUAGACGUGCAGCAUGCUAUAGAGUCCCAUGGACUUACAAAUGAGCAACUGAUGCCCUUGUUGAAUGGACACUCCAACACUGCCAAUGUGGUGUCACAGCCUCGUCCAACACUGCCUCCCCCGACCCUGGUCCCACCCAUACCAUAUUUACAAAAUGAGGUCCACUCAAUCGACAAUCAGCCCAAGCGACAGAACACAGCCCUGCAGGAGGAGAACCAUGAUAACCGCAAGGCUUCAAAGGGGAGCUCCUGGCGGCGGUGGCGGAGUGCCUGGGAGGACCGGCUCAAGUCCCUCAUCCCUCGUCGGCGCCACCACAAUGGGGAGGACGAAGAGCGCCAGGAGAUCCUCAUCACCCCUACCAGCAGCAGCCUGUCUGAGCCGCCAACACCCCUGCCAGCAACACAAUCAGUAGCAGUAACAUCCCACCUUCCCCUCCAAACUGAGGUGCUUCUAACGAAUGGAGGCCCCCAUACUGUGAUCUCCCCAAAUCAUGCACUUAACUCCCAACACUCUACACUUCCCAAUUAUACCACAGAGACUGAGAUUGGUAUUGCAAAGUUGCACUUCCAGAAUGGAUUUGCUCCCAUCAUUAGGUCAAGACAAGGAUCAAAGGAUAGUGGACUCAACAAAUCCAGUGAGAAUAGUGUAAGUUUUGUUGAUAGUGAUAAUUCCUGUGAAAAAUUAAAGAGACCAACGACGCUUAUUCUCCCAGACAGGUCACAUAAAGGUACAGUAAAUAAGGCUGUUGAGGAAGAAACGAAUCCUUCCGUGAAUCCUGAUGAUAACGGCAAGGAGAAUAAAGUGACAGAUUCUGCUCCAGAGGUGGAAGAAUCCCCUCCUCUCAGAAAAGCUAAGCACCGUGUGAAGACUCCCAGAAGGCCCAUGAACCCUCGUCUUUCAUUGUAUGAUGACCGCAUUAUGGGAUGUGAUGGAGAGCGGGGCAUGCAGUCUGCCAAGGGCAGCGGCCACCUGGAUGUGGGCCUCUCCCACUCCCUCCCUCUCCACAUGAAUGCUCUGGGUGGACAGCAGCAACCUUUCCUCACUACUAGUGUAGCUGUCUCAUCAGUCUCCUCUCAAAACAACAGCGCAGCUUCCCUGAGAUGCUCCAAGUUAGCUAGUACAGUCAGCAGCAGCAGCAGCAGCAGCAGCAGCAGCGGCAGCAGCAGAGCAAGUAGUCGGGAUGGUAGUCAAGGUUUACUUGGACAGGAGCUGACUUUCUCAUGUACUCAACCAAAUCCCCAAACAAUUGGGGUUCUGUGAAUAUGAUAAAUGGAAUUGUAAUAUUAAGAGUCAUAUGCUCCUGAAGGAGAUCUCAACUUAUAGCCAGGCUUGUAUGAAGCUGGAGUGUUAAGUUUUCUGAUAUACAUACUAUGUCAGAAAUGCAGUGAUAUAUAUAUUCUCACAGGCAUUGUUCCUGUAGAGAGAAUGUGAUUUAAUUAAAUAUUCCAAAUAAAGUGAACAUUGUAUUAUGCUGCCAAUGUAUAAAAUUGAAAAAAAUAUAUUUUGUGUUUUAAGACUUCAGAUAUUUUAGUUUUAUGAUUUACUGUAUGAUAGCAGCUUAUGACUCAAGAUUUUGUUAAGGUUCCAUAAGCCCAUUACUUUUGUAGUUAACACAUUACUUUCCACAGUUUGCAAGGAAGCAAUGUUGGCACCCAGUUUGUUAGUGAGACCAUUAUUAUGCAAUAUAAUUUUAAAUUUUGGCCUGUGGAAAUGAACAUCUGAGAAUGAUAAUGUUGGACUGUUACAGAUAUUCAAACUUGUUUCAAAUUUUAAUGCUUAGAGGGUGUAACCAUUCUAGUCUGUGCAUAAUGAUUUGAUGAGGCGGGGAGGUGAAGGGACCACUCAGUCAGGGCAGCGCAGUGCUAGGUGAGCAGGACACAACUUUCUAUCUACAGUAUUAGAUCGCCUUGGUCAUUGGGUGAAUAUAUUAUGUUGUUACUACUCUGUAUUUUGGAUUGCCAUCCAAAUUUUAAUAUGUUUUAUUGAUUGUUGAAAUGUGAAAUCUUACCAUAACUUUGUGAAACGAACCUGUGGAAAUAGCUUUCUGGCUACUUUAAUUCUAUUCAGUGAGAUUUUGUGCAAUUUUUUUAUUAUUUCUUAUUUUCAUAGUUGUGCUAAUGUGGAUGAACACCAGGGGUGCCUGUUGUCUUAUUUCAUGCUGCACAAACUGUUUUCCAAUGGCUUGCUGUAAUAAUUGGGGAAAAUACUCAGUUACAAGUAUUAAAGAUGGAGGUUUGUCAUAAUAAAAUGAGUCAUAAACAGACAAGCAGUGUACAUGCAUUGCUUUGGUUGAGAACAUUUGAGUUCAUCCACCUGUUCAAGUGUGAAGUGAUAUGGAGAACAAAAUCAUGCAUGAAAUGUGUGUCCAAGGUGGUGGAUGGCAAAAGAUUCACUUUUUGUCUGGUAGUAUAUGCACUGAGAAAAACUUAGGCACUUGGGUGCAUUCAUAACGCUUUGCCACAGACCAUUGUGUCAAGUAAUACUUUGUUCACUUGUGAAUUUACAUAAAAUCCGUUUUAUCAUAUUUGAACUCAGAUAUUUGUAUAAAAGAUAAAAAGACGAUCAAGUAAGCAACUGUCCAUGCAAAGAUACUGUCCAUCAUGCUACUGAAUAUCCCACUAUUUUGUUAUAGACAGAAAAGAAAAAAGUGUAGCAAAAUUUCAAAGAGAAAUGGUGAUCACUUCUGCAUUUAUUUGUAGUUAGAUGAGAGGAGAAUGCUAGUAUAGAGCUCAUCCUGACAACAACUAGAAUUGCUGCGUGCUAUUUUUAUCAGUCUUGUUUUCAGUUUUGCAUUUACACGACUGCCUGAAGAGUGUCGAACAGCUUCACUUGCUGGGUCUCUGCUGUCUGCCAGGCCAGGGCAGGUCGGCCAGAUCAGAUCACUCUUGCCUUUGUUUUUUCCUUGAAUGUGCUACUCAAUUUACCUUAUUUUCACAUUUAUUUUAAGUGUUGAUGAGCCCAGUUGCCUUGCUAGUGUAGGUUUUACCUCAUUACUGUGCAGUGUUACAUAGUAAUUGUUGAUAAUGCAUUCAGAAAUUGUAAAAAUUUUCUGCUGUAAUUUAUAAUUACAUUUGUUACUGCAUAAAACCUUUAAAGAUUAAGAGACCUAACACAUCUGAGCAAAACCAGAUAUCAGGUUUUGAAAUUGUUCAAUUACCAAAAUAUGAAGUUUUUUUUAAUAGUUGUAAGAUUAAUUUGCAAAGCUAUUGCUAUUACAGCAACAAAUUGUAUUAAAUUGAGGAGUCCUUUCAGUUCAGGCAAGGUAAUAGUGUUCCAUUUGAAGACUUCUUUUUCAGUCCAAGUCUGACAUUUGAAAGAAAAAAAAGAAAAAAAAGUGUGCUUUUAGAAAUUAAUGUAAAAGAUGAGGCCCUUUCAAGGUAGUAUAAGAAUCAAAGUGUUAGCUUAUUGAAUUUGAUGUUAAAAAUUAAACCUCAAGCUAAAUCCCAUAAUUAGAAAUUCACAGCAGCGUGUAUUAUGAUUGGAUGGAGUCAGAACCUUGCAGGCAUGUGAUGAGCUGAGCUUAACAUACAUCGGUGGUGGUGGUGGUGGUGGUGGUCAGCUAGAGCUCCUGAGCUAAAUCACACUGACCUGUGUUGCCUGAGAAAAGUACUUACCAUGAUAUGCAAAGUGACCAUUUGAGAUAUUGAUAAUUUAUAUCAAUGAAUUCUGCCCAGAGAAUAUUUCAUAGAGAAAAGAGCCAUGUGAUGUGGAGAGGACUGCUUCAGAUGAUUUGUUUAACUUUAUCAUUAUUUGAAGUGAUUCUGUGAAAAAAGUGAAACUGCAAGCUGAGAAUGGACAAGUAGUGCUUCAUUCUGAAUUACUGUCUUUUUCUUCUCUGUUUACCCAAAUAUUCUGACAUUCUGUGCACGACACUUAAUGUUUCUGUGAUAGCUUACGAAAUGCACUAAACCAUUUUGUAAAUGGAGAAAGCAAGCAGUACCCUUCUAUGUCUGUUUACCAAAUACCUGCCAAUUAGAUUGCUGUGUAUCACUCAUGGUUUGAAAAUGGAAAAUCUCAGCCAACAUUAUUUUUUAACUGGUAUAUGGGAUUUUAGCUUCAUUUGCAUUAUAUAUAUAUAUAUAUAUAUAUAUAUAUAUAUAUAUAUAUAUAUAUAUAUAUAUAUAUAUAUAUAUAUAUAUAUAUAUAUAUAUAUAUAUAUAUACACACCAUUGCUUUUUGUCUUUAACAUUAUAUAUUCUUUGUAUGUCCAGUUUACAAAGCAGAGAGGCAUAUGCAUGGAAUUCCUGAAAGAUCUCACGUACUAAUCAUAUCUGUAUCUUCUAAGCGUUCAGGAGAUGACAGCAGGAGUAACAUUGUCCGCUAAAAGAACAGAGGUUUUCUUAGGAAACAAAUGUUAUUUGUUCUCAUAAAAGAUUAAGUGUUCUGGGUUGGUGGGGUUUCUAUUUAACAAAGUGUUGCAUGAAGGAUUGAAAGCUGGAGAAGCCAAAAUGAGGGGAUAGUAUAUCACAUAGGCAUAUAUUUGUAUAUAUAUGUUGCCGUGCUUGAAAAUAAUAUAUGUAUUGACUUUGUGUGAUAACCACCUAAUGGUGCCAUAGUGUGAAUGUGGGCAGUAAAUCAUGAAUGGGAGGAAGGGAUGGGCUUCCAUGAGCAACUACGACUGACUCUCCCGAGGCGGAACACUGCCACACUAGUGUUUUGCCAUGCUAAAUUUGUAUUCAGGUUAUGUUUUUAAUAAACAGCACAGAUCAUAUUUCAAAAAACAUAAAUGUUUAUUAACAAGUACCUUUUUAACCAAACUAAAGACAAGCCAACAAGUAAGCGUGAAAACAGAGAUGAGAGAUUAAUGCUCAGAUCACAGUCGCCUUGGAGCAGAAGGAGCAGACUCAGCCGCCAGUCACUGCAGGCACAGGUGGCAACUGUCAUGUUAGGUCAUGGUGGGAAGGCGACAAGGCUGUGGAUCAAGAUGUUUUGAUUUAACAUAUUGUACUUUUCAAAAUUGAGUUACUUUUGGCAAUUGAGUUCUAAAAAGUUGUGAACAUAAUAUGCUUUUGUCAUUCAUGUAGCUUUUGCUUGCUGUGAGCCCUGAACCCUGCACACUACAUGGUACGGACAUCAUUCUGAACUACUGCCAGUCCUGAGUUUUGAUGUGACACAUUUAGUAUUGGCAUGACUCCAAAACAAUGUACAAGAUGAAGAUAUUUGUGGAGGCAAAUGGAACUUAUUUUACUGCAGUUUAAAGUGAUGGAUUUCCAAGAAUUUGUUUUAUUAAAAGUGCUGAAUCAAGAUUAGGGAAGGUGAAUUUUAUUUUAAUAUUUUUUAGUAAUGUAAGGAUUUGGAGUGUGUGCUCAGCUGGAAUUAGCAUGUCGAGAUUUUAUACUUUAUACUACAGAAAAUAAAUUAUGGAUUCCAGGAAGACACCCUGAGUAAAAUCACCACAUGGUUACCGUAUCCCCAAGUUUGGACUGAGCAGUGAUAAUGUGAUAGUAAUCUUGAUCACUGAAAAUCUCAUCCUAGAUAACAGUUUGCAUUGAUGAUUGACUUAAUCCCAGUAGCCAAAGAGUACUAUAGGGUUCAUAUUUAGUCAUUUAUUAAUUUUAAAAUAAUAUCAUUUUAUAAAGUGGAUUUAAUGUAAUUUCAUUUGGAACCCUUGCAUACAAUCAAGAAUUGCAUUGCAUAUUUAGUUUCAAAGUUUUGGCAGCUUUAUGCACUGAACAUUUCUAUAUGUUGUAAUGAUAGAUAUGUUUUUCUUUGUUUAUGUUGUAUGUAUUAUGCCUGAAUAUUGAAUUUGUUCCUCCUUCUUUGGCUGGAAGGAGUGCUUCAUCAUGUAUAGUUUACAAUAAUUUCAGCAUAUGUUUAGGAUCCUGUUUCUGUACUUCCAGUCCAUGUGGCAUAUUUAAUUUCCUGCCUAGGAUCACAGAGCUGGCAUGUACGAGUAUAAUGUGAUCUUAUGGUGUUGUGUUUGUUGUGGUGCAUGGAGGUGUUCAGUGGGUGUGUGAUGUGAUAUUGCGACUCCCAGACACCCAGCGUAUACUCCUUCAACUUGUUCCCAUGUAAUAGGGUCACCAUACCUUAGACUGUACAUUAUUAAGGACUAAGUUUGAUAUUUAAAUCAUGUAUCAUUUAGAUCAUGUUCUUUGGCCCUUCAUGAAGGAGCCACUGGCUGUGCCCACAAUAGUGACACUAGUGUGUGAAACUUAGUAACCUGCAUCAUACUUUAACAAUAAAACCAUGUUUAUUUUGAACUAAUUUAACCAAAUAUCCCAGUAUUUUACUGUAUCAGUUCAUCCAGGCAGCAUGUGUUUCAUGGAGCUAAGGUAGUUUCAGCAGUCAGUCUGGACCUAGACCUGUGAGGAAACUAUGCAACUGUUGGUGUUGGCAUUGAGAGAACAUGGAAGUGUCACAUGUACUGUAGGGUGAAGCUUAUUUAUCACUGGGAAUAGAAGUUCGCUUUGUAGUAUUGUUCAUGUAUACUCCUCUUAUCACUUCCUUCACCACUCAGUGCUGAAGGCGUCAGGGCUGUGAUGGCCGCAUGGCCGACAGACUUGUUAACAUUUAUUUGGUUUCAUCUGAUAUAAUUUACUUUUGGCUUGAUAAUAGAAAGACUGCACACACACACACACACACACACACACACACACACACACACACACACACACACACACACACACACACACACACACACACACACACACACACACAC